CACUGAGGAAAUCCACCAUGCAUGUUUUUGAGUAAAAUGGUAAAAACAAUGUUAUUAUUGGUGCGUUUUGAUUACUUUUACUGUCAUAAUUAAGGUCCUAAUAUAGCUAUAAAUUAUUUCGUUGUUUUGUAGAAAAGGCCACUAACGUGUCUAAACAGUCUGCGGUGGUUUCUCUUGGUUUGUGGAGCUUUCUAGCAGUACAUUGCACUGAGCUGCCAUGGAGGGUUUGGAGGAGAAACUCAAAGGUCUGUCCAUCGCCCGGCGUUCCCAUCCGGAGGAGCCUACCUACCUGCUGGAUGUGGCCCUGCAGCCAAUCAGCCUGCUGGCGGUGUCCUGCUCCAACUUCACCAUCCACCUUCACAACAAGGACACACUGAGUCUGAUGGGAGAGUAUCGGGGCCACAGUGGGCCUGUUUGUGGGGUUACCUUUGCCCACACCUCCCCUGACCUACUCUACUCUGGUUCUGCUGAUGGGACGGUCCGAGGAUGGGACGUCCGCCGCCCUGGGACAGAGGCAGUGCAAACAUUUAGGAGUGAUCCAUUGCACUGCUACUGCAGCUUCGACCUCAGCUGCAGUGACACGCUCCUGUGUGCAGGCACCGAGCAGGUCAACGAUGAGGACAGCUUUCUGGUGUUCUGGGAUGCCAGGAAGCCUGGAGGGGGGCUUCUGGGAGUGUACUCAGAGUCGCACAGUGAUGAUAUCACUCAGGUGUGCUUCCACCCUCGGGACAGAGACCGCCUGGCGUCCGGUUCCACAGACGGCCUUGUUAACGUUUUCGACCUGAGCCGUGGAGCAGAGGAGGAGGCGCUGCUGGCCACGUGUAACAGUGACUCCUCCGCCAGCUCAGUGUGCUGGUCCGGGGCAGACUACACCCAGCUGGGGUGUCUCAGUCAUGACGAGGGGCUGCAUCUGUGGGAUCUGAGCCAGCUGGACACAGAGGAGCCUCUCACCCUCUUUUGCAUCUCUGAUGCUCGUAGCCUGAAUCUGCUGCCUAACGGAGGGGGUGUGGAUUACCUGGUAGGGGGGAGGUGGCUGGAGGAGGCCCAGAAGCUGCUGGUGGUGGGUGGGAAGAACAGUGGGGAUCUCCACCUGAUGGAGUGUGAUGACAGGGGUCUCCAUCUGCUGAGGAGCCUGGAGGGUGGCCACUCCUCCACAGUGCGCUGUUUCCUGUGGGACGCGGCAGGGGAGGCUCUGGUCACUGGGGGAGAGGAUGCUCAGCUGUUGCUAUGGAAACCAGGAGGGGAGGAGCUGGCAAUAGGUAAAAGGGAGUCCAUGAAGAGCGCAUCAGCUUUGAGACUCAAAUCCAGACUGCAUAAAAUACAUGGCAACCAGAGAGUGAAGAAGGCAACGUGAGGAUGAGCUGACUAAGCUGUGGCGGCUGCUCCCUAACGGGCAACAUUUUAAUUCAGAGAAAGAACAUUUAAACUGGAUUUUUAUUUCAACAUACACAGUUUGUGACUGUACCAAGCACAGUCCCGUGGUGAUUCAGGCUGUUGGAGCAAAUGGUCAUUCACAUUAGAGACAAAUUCUUUCUGGUGACUCGGAGGCCUUUAUGUGGAGUUUUUAAUCACUGACAACAUGUUUAUGGCUUUUUAUAAUGACUGCAAAAUAAUGCACAUGGUUGCAUAUGAGACGGGCUCAUUAUUAAAUACAGAUGAACAGAGGAACUCAUUUUCCAGGAGAUUCCCUGGAGAAAAAAUGCACUUCUUUAAACUAAAUAUCCCCAUAAAAUACACAAAUGUAUAGUGGCAGACACAAACAUGCAUUUGUAGUAAACAACUCAGGUGCAAAACUAGUAGAGCUUCUCAGAUAUGUCAUGGUAGUUCAGUGUUUUUACUGCUAAUUUGGUAAAAGCUUCCAAACAUCAGCGAUAAGAAUAACCAGCAAACACACUGGAGUUGCUGAUACAAUGUAUUUCUACAUUACUUCCUGUCUUUUUAUGGUGGAUCUGUUUACCAGAAUGAAUUAAAAGUUUUUGACCGUUUUCAUCUCAUGAC